CUUGUGCUGUGUCCCAGCGCCCUUGAGCCAGUUCCGAGGUCUCUAGUCCCCAUCCCCCCACCUCCCAGCCUGUGCAGGCCCCACCCCUGCUUCUCUGGCCAGCACCUCACAUCAGAGGCUAUCCUUGGGGAGGCUUCUGAGCUACAAGAGGGCUCCACGGAACACACGCAUGGACACUGAGCGCCUUCAGAAGGGAGCAUGGGGGCCGAGGAAGAAGCCGCCCCAUACCACGGUGCACAGGCUCCUGAGCUGGGGGCUGCCAGGCCCCUGCAGCCACUUCCUGGGGCGCCGGCCCGGCGAGUUUCCCGUCACCGCCUUCCUGCUGGGGGCAGGCACUGGGGGACUCCUGGCCAUAGGUCUCUUCGAGCUCUUGGUGAACCCCGUGAACAUCUACGAAGAGGAGAAGAUGGUGAUGCUGUACGGCUUGGUGGGUCUGGGAGCCAUGGGCUGGGGGACCUCCCCCCACAUCCGCUGUGCCAGUCUCCUGCUAGUACCUAAGAUGCUGGGCAGAGAGGGCAGGCUUUUUGUCCUGGGGUACGCCCUGGCUGCCAUCUACGAGGGGCCAGUGGCCAAUCUGCGGCACAACCUCAAUGAAGUGGUAGCGUCGCUGGGCUGCACCGUGGAGCUGCAGAUCAACAACACGCGCUCGGCCUGGCGCGUCUCCACUGCCCCCCUGCGGGCCGUGUUCAAGGACCUGCUGAGCAGUAAAAAUGCACUGGAAGCGGAGGCUCACAACAUCUCCAGCUCCUUCGAGGAGCUGGACGCCCAGGUGACCGGUGAGGCCGGCUAUGCCGCCGAGGAUGCUGGGGACUCCGAGGACACGGCCCUAGGCGUAGGGGCCCGCGCAGCCCUGGGCUCCAGACUCCACCUCUCCACCCAGAAGAUGUAUGAGCUGAAGACGAAGCUGCGCUGCUCCCACAUAGUGAACAAGGCCAUAGUGAGCUGCCGGCGCUGGUUUGCCCAGAAGCACCAACAGUGCAUGCAGCGCAUCCAGGUCCCACUCCUCAACCACCUGCUCUGCCUGCCUAUGAAGUUCAAGUUCUUCUGCAGCAUUGCCAAGGUGAUGGAGGUGUGGUGCCGCCGUCGCAUCCCAGUGGAAGGCAACUUCGGGCAGACCUACGACUCCCUCAACCAGUCUAUUCGUGGGCUGGACGGGGAAUUCUCAGCUCACAUUGACAUCAAGGAAGAGAGGCAGAGCGCGGUGCUGGGCCUCAACACCAGCUGGGAGCACGUGAGUGCCGAGGUGCGGGACUACGUGGAGCGCCAGGAGGCCCAGCUGGAGUGGGCCCUGGGGCUGCUGCACACGCUGUUCUCCUGCGCCUUCCUGCUGGUCCUGCACUCUGCCCGAGAUGCCCCUGCUCUGCCUGCCCCUGUCCGAGGGGCCCAGAGUGGCCGCCAGCGAGCGGGGGGACGAAGCUCCUUCUCCUACACGGACAGUUACGAGCAGGACAUCCGUUUCGACAACAUCUACAUCAGCACCUACUUCUGCCAGAUCGACGAACGCAGGAAGAAGCUGGGCAAGCGGACUCUGCUGCCACUCCGCAAGGCCGAGGAGAAAACCGUCAUCUUCCCCUGCAAGCCCACCGUCCAGAGCUCCGAGAUGAAAAACGUGGUGAGGGAGCUCCUGGAGACGCUGCCUGUCCUGCUGCUGCUGCUCCUGCUCUUUGGGCUGGACUGGGCCCUCUACUCCAUCUUCGACACCAUCCGCCAGCACUCCUUCCUGCAGUACUCCUUCCGCAGCAGUCACAAACUGGAGGUGAAGGUCGGGGGAGACUCCAUGCUGGCCCGGCUGCUUCGGAAAACCAUUGGGGCCCUGAACACCUCUUCGGAGCUGGCGGUGGAAUCAAACAACAUGCCCUGCCUGCCGCAGCCCGUGUGCCUGGACGCCAGGGCUUACUGGAGAGCCGCACUCCCCACUGGCCUGCUGGCCUGCCUCUGCCUGGCCCAGGCCUUCGCCUACCGGCUGCGAAGGGUCAUCGCCGCCUUCUACUUCCCCAAGCGAGAGAAGAAACGGGUGCUGUUCUUCUACAAUGAGCUAUUGAGGAAGAGAGCAGCCUUCACCAAGCUAAGGCGGGCUGCCAUCGUGAGGCGGGCACAGCAGCAGAGGGCUCCGCGCCACCACCUUGUGGACCUCCUGCACCGCCGCUGCCCGCCACUGCGCCGCUGGCUGCGCCGGCGCUGCGUGGUGUGCCAGGCGCCCGAGACGCCCGAGUCCUACGUGUGCCCGACGCCGGCCUGCGAGGCUGUGUACUGUCGGACGUGCUGGGACGACAUGCGGCAGUGCUGCCCGGCCUGCACGCCCCCCGAGGAGCUCUCCUCCUCCGCCUACAGCGACAGCAACGACGACACCGCCUACGCGGAGUGAAGGGCGUCUGGCUCCGCUCCGUUCCAUUAAACGCCUUGCACGCGC